GGAAACAGACAGUAGAAUAGGCUGAUCAACAUCCUUCCCAUACAGUGAGGAAGAAGACAAUGACACCUGGAACACACAGCUAGUGCAAUAUGAAGAGCUACGGUAAGCUCUGUGUCAGCCUGCGGAAGGCGAUUCAGUGUGUGCAGUUUUUCCUCUUUGUAUUUGCUGUGGUACUUGUGCUUUUGUUCCUCUGCAAUCCCGGUCAAUUGAAUGGGCAGCCCAGCUCACAAAGAAUCCAGUUUUCUCAUGAUUUGUCUGCAUUAGAGGUCACCUGUGACACAAUGGCCAAAAAGGAAAAAUCUUUCAUAUGGGGAAAUCCUUUAGCAACGUCUAUUAAGAAAAUGAAAUGCGCCGAUGGCUACAAAACACAAAACCAUUUUAUCACAGCUCCUCUAUCGAACGAAGAAGGGCAUUUUCCUUUAGCUUAUAUCAUUGUAUUACAUAAAAAAUUCCGCACAUUCGAGAGACUGUUCAGGGCCAUCUAUAUGCCUCAGAACGUAUACUGCAUCCAUGUGGAUGAGAAGGCAAGUGUGGAUUACUUGCAGGCGGUAAGUGAUUUAUUGGAUUGUUUCCCUAAUGCUUUUCUCGCCUCGAAAAUGGAGCCGGUGGUGUAUGCCGGAAUAUCGAGACUCCAGGCGGAUCUGAACUGCAUGAAAGAUCUGAUGAACUCGGAGAUACAAUGGAAAUAUGUGAUUAAUGUAUGCGGACAGGAUUUCCCUUUAAAGACAAAUAAGGAGAUCGUAGAGCAUUUGAAAACAUUUAAAGGGAAAAAUAUCACGCCUGGGGUGCUGCCCCCUCGUCACGCCAUCCCCCGGACUAAAUACGUCCACCGUGAGGAUAUUGUACAUUCCCGCAUACUAAGGACCAAAACCUUGAAGCCCCCUCCUCCGCACAAUAUCACUAUUUACUUUGGCGCUGCAUAUGUUGCACUGACAAGGGAGUUUACGAAGUUCAUCCUGGAAGAUCAAAGAGCUAUAGAUCUACUGAAAUGGUCUAAAGACACUUACAGCCCUGACGAACACUACUGGGUGACUCUAAAUAGAAUUCCAGAUUUUCCAGGGUCCAUGCCAGAUGCUAAAUGGGAAGGUAAUCUCAGAGCGAUAAAGUGGAGUGAUGACAGUAGCCACGACGGUUGCCACGGCCAUUAUUCCAGACAAGUUUGUAUAUACAGUACAGGAGAUUUAGAGUGGCUCUUCAACUCAACAAGUCUAUUUGCCAACAAGCUUGAAUUGACAAGCUAUCCACCUACACUGGAGUGCCUGGACCUGAGACUACGGCACAGGACUUUGGCUGAAUCUAAAACCAGAUUACAGGAUCAUUGGUUAUUUUAAUAACUAUGUACUCAUAAGAACAUAACAUAAAGACUAUCACUU